UAAGGUGAGAGUUAAUAUUGAAGUUUGUGUUUCCUUGCCUGAUGUGGCUGCAUUUCCAAGUUUGCUACAAUGGGUGUCACUCUUUACAUAUUUUAUAGACUAUCAUAUGGGUUUGUGAGAAUGAAACUUGAAGAAUAAAACAAACAACAACAAAAAAAUCCACACAUCAGCUUUUUAAUACGGAUGUUUAUCAAUGAUCCUGUAUAACGGUAUACGUGAUAGGCCUGUAAGUGGAUAAAAAACACGUCACUAAGAUGUCAUAUUGUCUUGAAACAGACCGUGAAUAGUUAAUAUAAGCCCCGAGUGCCCUAUAACGCACGCGCGCUGGCACACGUGGUGAGAAAGGGUUUCAUAAACAAGCUGCUGCCACUCUGCUGCUCACUUUCCUCUGAUCCUGCUCCAGUGCAGUGCGCCUCGGAGCCAGACGCACAAGGACCAUGGCACUGGCAGACACGGAGCGCGGAGUGUCCAUUUGCGGCGACUCCAGCUCACCCUUCUCUGAGAUUAUUGAGCUCAAUGUCGGUGGGCAAGUCUAUGUCACCAGACAUAAAACUCUGGUCGCGGUGCCGGAUUCACUUCUGUGGAACAUGUUCAGUAAAAAGUCGCCCAAGGAUUUGGCACGCGACAGCAAGGGGCGCUUCUUCCUGGACAGAGACGGCUUCUUGUUCCGCUACAUCCUCGACUACCUCCGGGAUCUCAACUUAGUGCUGCCGGACUAUUUCCCAGAAAAAAGUCGACUGCAGAGGGAGGCGGACUUUUUUCAGUUGCAGGACCUGGCAAAACGCUUAAGCCCACGAAUGAGUAAGGACAACUCCAUCAGUGAAGAGAUCAGUCAGAGCGAUACGGAGGAAGGUGCGCAGCAGUGCGGCCCCUCUGGUGCCAUGGAGACUUUACGCACCGUGUCUUCUAGUGGGGCUGUGCGCUCCCCGUCGUUAGAUUCCAGAAGAUCGGGCUAUAUCACUAUCGGAUACCGCGGUUCAUACACAAUCGGAAGAGACAUUCAAACUGACGCCAAAUUCCGGCGAGUAGCGCGCAUUACCGUUUGCGGCAAGACGUCUCUCGCCAAAGAAGUAUUUGGGGAAACGCUAAACGAGAGCAGAGACCCCGACCGACCACCGGAGAGAUACACAUCUCGCUACUACCUAAAAUAUAAUUUUCUAGAACAGGCGUUUGACAAGCUGACAGAGGCGGGCUUCCACAUGGUGGCCUGCAGCUCCACUGGCACCUGCGCCUACACCAGCAAUGACCCCAACGAGGACAAAAUCUGGACCAGUUACACCGAAUACGUUUUCUGUCGGGAAUAAACAAUUUAUUUAUGCCCUGCUGUAAAUAAAACAUUUCACAAUGUAGGGAAUGUCUUUGAAAUGUAUUGUAUUAUUGGCUAUAAUGAGAGACUGUAUCACUAUGUCUGAUUAUGUUUGUUUAAAAAGAACGCAAUUACGCAUUCUCAGUAUUUAAUGACCUUAGAGUAUUGGAAAGAGGGAUGUAGAUCCAAACAACCAUUAACAUCGUCUUUAGAUCUGCAUGUCAAUAAUGACACAUUAGCCAAACUAAAUCCAAUAAGCAUAUGUCACUAUAACAUGCUUGAUUACAUUGGACACACUUUGUAUUAGCAGGUUGAUUGCAAAUAUGUAAGUAUAUGUACAUUCACGGUAUAUGUUCAGCCUGUUCAGAAGAAUAAACUUUUAUUGUGAUUCUCAAAA